AUGAAAGAAUCCUUAAAUAUUGGUAACAUACCAAACUUUAAUGAAUUUAAAAAGAAGUUGAUAGAGCUGCUUCAUUCUAGAAGUGCAACAGAUGAUAUUACGUUGUUACAGGGCUUCUUACAACUUAUUCAUUCUAAGAUUCUAAAAUGGUGGGUGACAUACUUGGAAGCUGAGAAGCAAGAUAUGGCAUCUCCGAACUUGCUGGAUACUGUUUGGAGGGAAAUACAUUAUCCUAUUUUUAAAUGGUUCCAGCAAUGGCGCUGUUACAUUGUUAAGGAAUUGGAGGUUAAUAAUAAUGAUCGGAAAUACAUUGAGUUUAGGAGUAUGAAUUCCAAACUUAACAAAGUGUUUAAGCUUAUUCACCGGUUUUAUUACGACAUUAUGGAGAAAUUCUUUGAGAAUUUUGACUUUAAGCUUGUUCUUCCUCACAAUAUAAUGAGUGAGUUGAAUAUCAAUGAGAGUGUUUCUAAGAAAAGUGUUUUGGAUGACAGUUCUAAUUUUACGAUAUUCUGCGUAAUGUCUUUGCAGCGUUGUUUAUUGUACCUUGGGUGCUGCCAUCGUUAUAAGGUUAUGAGUGGGAGGGUCUCCAAGAGCUUUAGGAUAACAGACUUUGAAAAGACCAACCGAUAUUUUAGAAUUGCAACAAGUAUUGUUCCUUCCGUGGGUGAGACUUAUUUGCAGAAAGGGCUUGUAUAUAUUCAAACGGGCAACUAUGGAAGUGCAACUUAUGAAUUUAUGCGUGGGUCUCUGGCGAGGCUACCUACUGAUGCAGGUUUUCCCAACUUUAAUAGCGUAGUUGCUAACCCAACAAGUGGGUUAUUUCUAAAGCUAGAUGAUAAGUUGAAGGCUUUAAAGUUGAAAGAUAUGGGAGGAGAGAACUACAUUGACAAGGAAAUCCUAGAAUUUUACUUCCUUGCUUGGUUUAGUUCUAUUUAUGCGCCAGAAUGUUGGAAAGACAAACAGUCGCAAGUUGCCCACUUUCGCAAGCAGUUAUUCGAUAAAGUUAGCUCACGUUACUCAAAAAAUCGCUUAAUGAUAGUCCAGGAAACCCUCUUACUUAUUGGCGGUUUUGAUCUGAUUGUGAAAAAUCUAAACAUAUCUUCUGUUGGAAAAGCGGGCAACUUGCCGAAGCCUUGCGUAAGGUACCUAGAAGCUGUCUUCAAAUUCUUUUCUCAUCUUAUUGAAAGAGUUAUUGUAAAAGAAUGGCAAAAUACCGAACAUUGGGAAUAUCUAGGCAUUGCUCGUAUAAUUGGGGUUUGGUUAAAAACAAAUCCAAUAGCGUUGCACUUCGCUCAUAGGCAUACACAAUUUUGCACAGCUAUGGCUCGCUUUGCAAAUGAGAUCUUAUCGCAUGUUAGUUAUGAGGGGAAGGUCAUGGGUGAUCAUAGACCAACUAGGGAUUAUUUUUUUGAUGAGGAUAUAAUGGUAAAAGACUUUUCUUCCAUCGGCAAUACGUUGUCUGACUUUAACGAUGUCGCUCUUUUUAAGGUAGACAAUUUAGCAGACAGAUUGGCUGGUCUAUAUGAUAAUAAAUCUACGCCAGAAGAAGAGCAUUUAUUAAAGCUUCGUGCAUUUUUCAUUUCUUGUAAGAAAUUCUUGGUAAAAAACCUUGUUGGUAUUACGAUGGUUGAAUCUGACGAUGGCUUUGAAUUCAAAAAGAUAAACAAAGCUGCUGAUGGAACAUUCAAGGAGUAUGUAAGCUUGACGAAGCCAAUGGAGUCGAACCGGAAAAAAAAUAAGCCUCGCUCUAUUGCGAAACGGGUGGUUUCUUUGCCUGAAUUGGAAGCUAAAUUGGCUGAGAUUAGAGGCACGUCUAAAAAAGAUGGGUUCGAGACGUGGAGUUACAGUGGUUCAACUGUUCCAGCAGCACCUGCCACAUUUAAUGUAACUCCUUCAUGUCAUCUCUACCGUGAAAACAAUUCUCCUACCAACUCAAGUGAUGGUCGUACGUCAUCAGUUAACCAAUCAAACACUGGAAGUGAAGCAUCGGAAAGUCCACAUCCUUCAGUGAAGCAGGGCCUUUCGUGUGGACCACCCCCCGGUUUAUUACCGGUUAAUCAAUCUCAUGCGUCCUCUAGUCAGGGUUUACAGGAGCCAGCUUCUCACCAGGAGCAAAAAUAUCCUCCCAUGCUGAAUUCAUUACAACCAUUCCCUUUGCAAACAAAUUCUAAUGGUGAAGCUAUGCAGUAUAUUUACCCGUCUUACCCUUCGAUUCCCCAGCAACCUUAUCUCAUGACAACCCAAGCUCCACAAUACCAAAAUAUGUCAGUUCCGUUUGUCGCUGCACCUUACAUGGUAUAUUUUCCACCACACAGACCGGGUAUGGUGAUGUUAAACAAUGGGCAAUUCCCUGCUCCUAGUUUUCAACAGCAGUCACCACCACAAUAG